CAGCGAAUGUCAACAGUUUCGCGUGAGUCAUCGCGGGAGACGGACGUGGACUCGGGCGCUCCCUCGUGGCCCUUCAGAUCGGUCUUGCACUCCAGGGACAGGGACAGAAAAGCCUUUAGCCAUGUCAGAAGAGAUCCAGAUUAUCACUGCGCCACUGGUCAGUGUGCGAGUUACGAGUAAUGUGAACAGCUUUACAGCAGAGAAGAGAUAUGAUCGAAGUCUAACCAUAGGGGACCUGAAGGGUCGCCUGGAACUCAUCACUGGUGGGUCAGCUGCGACAAUGAAUUUGGAAGUGUACGACCCUGACGACAAGCUUAUUUGUUUCCUGAACGACAACGAUGCCCUUCUGGGUUCUUUCAACAUCGAAGAUAAUUACAGGAUCCAUGUAACAGACAGCACAAAGAAAGUUGGAGAGUUUGAAGACGUGUCAAAGGUGGAAAAGUUUGAGCUGUCGGAAGAAGAGUAUGCUAAGCGUAAUGAUAGUGUGAAAGCUUUCCUGCAGAAGAACAAACUGGGAAAAUACAAUGAGGAGGAGCAAGCCAGAAUACAAGCAGAGAAAGAAGCUGCAGAAAAGGCCGAGGAAGAUAAAGCCAGCACAUUCAACGUCGGCGACCGGUGUGAGGUCAAAGUUCAAGGUGAACCGACCCGGCGAGGUGAAGUGAUGUACAUUGGAGAAGUGCACUUCAAGCCAGGUUUUUGGGUCGGCAUCAAGUACGAUGAGCCCUUGGGAAAGAAUGAUGGAAGCAUUGGCGGCAAACGCUACUUCGAAGCAAAUCCCAAAUAUGGUGGCUUCACUCGCCCGUCAAAUGUGGAAGUGGGAGAUUUCCCUGAGCUGAACUACGAGGAUGACGAAAUGUAGAAUGUGUGACUGUGAGGAGAAGGCAGCAUGCAUUUUCACUUACAAGACUCACUUUAGAUGCUUUAUAUAUAUAUAUAUUUUGUAAUGUUCCCUUUUGAGGAUAAGCACUUGGAAGAGGAUGGCCUAGGUUGAGACCAGUGUUGAUGGGAGAAACUUAAAUAUUGUAUUUUUAAAAUUAUUUUUAUCACUUAUUAUUAUAUUUAGUAAUUCAAUAUCAUUAUUAUUACUGCUAUUGCUAUUAGUAUUAUUAUCACUACCACUACCAUUGCUGAAACUACUAUUACUACUAUUACUAUUACAGUUAGUACUACUAUUACUAGUACAAUUAGUACUACUAUUACUACAACUUCUACUGCUACUUCUACUCCAUUUUAUUAAUUACUACCGGAGAUAUUGUUUCUGCUAUUUUAAUCUUUAUUUAUCCCAAGUGGUGUUAUUUAUGUUAACUGCUGAGUAAAAGAAAAUCCAAAAUUUGUGUUUAUGAUAACUGAACCAUUUCAAUAAUGAGUAAAAAUUUAAACUGGAAUUUUGAAUUAUCAAAGCCCUGAAAAGGGAAAAGAAGGGGGCUAUAGGAACCACAAAGGAAAGUGUAAUGUUUUGGGGGGUCGAUAUUCUACAUAUAUAUUAAGGUUUCAAAAGGGUUGUGAUGAGGAAGGGACGAGUUGCACUUUAUCUCUUCUUGUGAGGAAUGGCCCAUAGUGUCUGCGCACUGUGUGAUGCGACUUGAUUGGUGGUUCCUGGAGAACUGUUGCACCAGUGGCAAGACAGAAGUCUGUCUUGUACUGCUGUUGCAAGUAAUAAAGCACUUCAUGCAUUGACAUUAUAAGAUUUAUUGCUGGUGUGGAAAGUUCCUCUGAAUAAAUAUUUUUCAUUUGUU